AUGUCUCAUCGCACGUCACGCCCGAAGCCUCCUCCGCCAGGCAACGAAGAAGCCGGCGCGGUCCUCAACCUGGGCGAGUUCCAGGACGUCGACACCCUCACCCUCUCCGAAGCCGCGCUCGUGCUCAAUGCGCUGGUCGCCAAGCGUCGAAACGACCGCAAGAACGUCAACGAGACGGAAAUGCUGAACCAGACGCUCAACUACCUGGAUCACUUUGCGCGCUUCACGCAGAAGGAGAAUGUCGAGGCUGUCGAGCGCUUGCUGAGCGCGCACAAGAAUCUGGCAAAGUUUGAGAGGGCGCAGCUUGGGUCGCUCUGCUGCGAAAACGCCGACGAGGCCAAGACGCUGAUUCCGUCCUUGGCGGACAAGAUUUCGGACGAGGAUCUGCAAGACCUGCUGGAUGAGAUUUCGAAGCUCCAGAACCGAUGA